GAAGAAGCCUUCUCUCGUUUAUCCCGUCGUAAAGACAGAGGUUCUUCAUAAAAGGAACCGCCGACGGCCUUAUUCUACUCCCUAACGCUCAGUGUCUUGUUGAUCAAUGACGAUUAGGAUAUUCAAGACCGAAGAGAAACAUUUGCGUUCACAACAAAUUAUUGUCAAAAAAAAGUCUGCGAAGAGAGGCAGCCGGCUUCUACCACAGCCAGCACCCUCAUGCAUAUCUAACUCGCGUACAUGAACUUACUCGCAAUGACAUUGCCACAACUGAUGGGAUGGCUUCAGAAUAACAGCCCAUCGACACAAGAGACACGUCUUUUUAACCCCUCACAAUGAGUAAAUGGGCUCAGACCUCAGUAAGGGUCUUUGAUCGAUACAGUACGAUAGAGGCACACAUGACAUGACAUCAGCUCAAGCUGGAUUCAAUCACACGCGACGCGGCAGGGCCAUACGGAUAACAACCGUUUUGGCACUAGGAAGUAGCCUAGUGCGAAGCCUGAGCCUGUGAGGGUGUUGCGGCAGCUGUAAGGCGUUUCUACAGCGCACUCAAGUAUGUCUGUCUGUCAGUCGGGUCGGGUGACAGGGCCAGACAGGGAAGGGUCCUGAUUAUCAGUUGCUGGUGUGGGCUUCACCGCUGCAGAGGCGGGUGGUCCGAGGUUGUUCUCGUCAGAUUCUGGAAGAGUUAGAGUCGAGAGGGUGAAUCUUGUUUUGGUGCCAACGACCACAAUGAUCAAGUUGAGUACCGCGGAUCAGUUUCCUUUAAGAGGAUACAGUACACCCUCGUCUCGGUUACCAGCUGUAGCUGUAUCUUUCCGGGCCAUCCAAUGCCUGUAGUCCAGCCCUGUCAAGCCUGUUGGAGUCUGUUCUGUUCCUGUUGAUGCCAGAAAAGUUGCAGGUUGCAGGUUGCAGAAUCCCAGUUUUUGAUCAUCCCUGCCUAUCCCCAACCCUUUUUUCUUCCCUUCGACCCAUGACGUGGAGUAUCCCAUCCACCUCGUGGUGCUCUUGAUUGGACUUCCACUCUAACCUGCAGCUUGGAAGCCACUUUGGGCCAGGGAAGCGGUAAGGCCUUGACUGUGUCUCUCGGCUUUACUACGUACAUAAUUACGACUGACUUACCUUACCUUGACUGAACUCUCUCUGCCUGUCUUGUCUGCUGCAGCUUGCACGAUUUCGCAUUUGCUUUUUCCUACACAUCUUCGUCAUAUAACAUACCUCACAUAUCUCUCCCAUGUUUGUCUCCCAUGGCUGCGAAAUCCCCAGAAUUCACCAACCAACGUGACCAAUAUCAACCAAGAUACGCGUAACACACGAGUUUUAAUUCACCUCAAAUUCUCACCCAAGCGCCCUUGACGACGAUCCACGCUUAUCACUCACCUUGCAUUUUAAAUGCUACAUCCUGAAACCGCGGCUCUCAACAUCAAUUUUCACCGCCCGUCAUGGAGAACACUCUCGCACGAAGUCACAGUUUGAAGCCUCCCAGGCGCAAACUCCAAAAACCUGACCCGAAACUCAAAAGCCUCAACAAAGCUAAGCGCGGUUCUACCGACUCGACCAUGUCUAGCCUCAGCCCUCAGAGCAGUAUGUCUUCACCGUCGCAACGACAAAUUCAGAACGGCGCUCCCGAUUUGAGCGAUUCAAAAUGGGAUCAUUAUCUUCGACCAAAGACCGUUUUUGUGCCCUCAUUUUCAGAGCCGGAGGACCAUCUUCAGCCAGAGAUCAAUUCACCAUAUGAACCGCCUCAGCAACAGCACCAUCAGUACCAACACGAACCUGAAUCCGAGCCACCGAGGGCAUUCUUCAGUCCUCCACCACGGAGACAAUCUUCUCAGCGCCAAAUCCCAGAAUUUCACCAUUUGACCCUCCAGGAUCAUCAUGCGCGGCCAUCAUUGGACAGCUCUUCUCUCCCUUCGACCGCAUCAACUACCUCGACAUCAUCUAUCAUGCGACGCCAGGCCAAGACACCAGUCUUUCGAAUAGGACAACUAGAGCAACAUGCACUUGCGCGCAAGGCGAAGGAUGUGCCAGAGAAGACGUCAAGCGUUGAAUUGAUCGCUGAUCAGUAUAACGCUGUUCUUGAGUCGAGAGAUGGCCCACCAGCGCUGGACUCACAGUUACCAUCACGAGCAUCGACAUAUUCAUUCGACGACACCCCUCUUCAGAUAUCUCCCCACGGAGCCAAGCGACAAAGUUUACGGUCAUCAAAUACGUAUUCAUCUAUGACGGCUAUACCCCGUCAGCUGAGACCCAGACUCAGGUCAGCAGCGACUCACGAUACGAAUGUGGCUGCCGUUGAAGGAGACACUAUUUACUUCAAGCCAUAUUCAUUCUCACCACCACCAUCUCCCGAUCAGACCCCCGGAACACCACGAGGUUCUUGGACAGAUGAAUUUCGACCACCUUCAUCAUCAGGGCACUCAUUCCAGGAAAACAUCAGCCUUCAAAUAGCGCUCGAUCUACUCACUAGCGAAUUAUCAUCGGUUGUGUCAGGCCGACCACAGCGAAACGGACAAGAUACUGCAGCACUGCAGGUUUGGGUUAUGAUCGAGGCGUACGAGAGACUACGCGAUCAACUAACACGGCAACAAUCAUCAAACGCAGAGGCACAAAAAGUGGCAACCAUGUUCGACUGCUGGUUGGCCUCCCUUUACUCGAUCCAUUCCUCCCUCACAGAGAGCACACUGCCCAGUCCCACAGAAUAUGCAGGACUAGAAGAAGAUUUGGAUUAGACUUGAGACAGACAUGAUGUACACGAGGAUAUGUGUACGCAAAUAACGAACAUUAUGGUAACUGGCGUUAUGGGCGCGGCCAGAGGGAAUAACCUGGCAUUGGUUAGGAUAGGAUAGGACAGGACAGGGCAAAAGCGGCUGGAGCUGCGGAUAGGAUUGGAUGGGAGAUACCUGGAGGAACUUGUUUUUUUUUAGUUACUGCACUUUGAAUUUACCUUGAUCAAUGAGUUUGAUGCUUAUCAUUGCAUGUGAAUGAGUUGUGAUUGAAGACCAUCAGCACUGCCACGUUGAAAAGUGUAGAUCAUUGAGCUAAGAACAGGAACCAGGAGCCAAGGGUCAAAA